AUGCCGGACGAGAAGUUCGCCCAAUCUACUAACGUAGUCGCCAGCAUACGCUCUAUCUUGCGACAAUAUCCGCAUGGUGUAGGCACAUUUAGAGAAUUGCUGCAAAAUUCCGACGACGCAGGGGCAACCCAGCAGAUAUUUGUCCUUGAUCGUCGGCGUCAUCCUCCUGGCGCAGGCUUUGAAACCGGGCCCUCGUUUCUUUCAUUCAAUGACGCGCUGGUCACGGAGAAUGACUGGACAGGGCUUCAAGAGAUUAGCAGCUCUCCUAAAAGAUCGGAUUCAGGAAAAACCGGCAAAUACGGGUUGGGAUUUCGGUCUUGUUUUCAUAUUACGGAUACCCCGGAGAUACUAUCCGGCCGUCAUCUAGCAACCUUCGACCCGCUAAGGCGCGUUCUUGAUACUGAUGGCACGAAGCGCGACUUUAUCGGAGAUGAGAACCUGACCGCCCACCUUGGAACAUUCAAUGCCAUACUGGGUCCAUCGACCGACGUAGGGAAAGCCUUCGAAGGGACAGUCAUCCGACUACCCUUGAGGUCUGACGUGCACAGCGGGCUAUCGCCGCGCAUCGUCAAGGCGAAUGAGAUUCGCAAUCUCCUCGACGAGUUCAUCCGCGACGAUAUUAGCACCGUCAUGUUGUUCCUGAGACACAUCUCAACCGUCAUCGUGAAGGAAGUUGAUGAGCAUGGCACAGUCUCCGUCUUGGCCAGCGCGACUCUUCGCAGGACUGAACCCAUCAUCGCCCAUGAUGCUCAGACUGAGCAAGUCACCGUGGACAUCGUCACCCCGGCCCAGAAAAAGCUCUCUACAACGUGGCUUAUAGUUCGCUGCAGCGACGAUCUGCAACCAUAUGUUGCACAACUAUCCGCGCGCUUAGGUUACGACGUGGGGACUCUACUCUCGAGCGAGAAGCUUGUGCCCGACGUUGCGCUCGCCGUCCCCGUCGUCGGUGGUCACCAUGUUCAACGACAUCUCGGUCGACUCUACACAUUUCUGCCUUUACCAAUCACUACCGGCUUCCCGUGCCUAAUAAACGCAUCUUUCUCCCUCACGCCUGAUCGUCAGUCGCUCUUGAAUGCGGAGACCUCCGCGGCAGAAGAAUCCAGUCAUCAUGUUCUUGUGGAGUGGAACAAGAUAAUUUUCGCGCAAGCUUUGCCCAUCGCGUGGUCCACUCUGCUGCGCAUCGGUGUCGACCGCGGCAUGAACGUCUACAGUCUAUGGCCAGGAACUUACUCCGCUCAAGUCCACGGUCAGGCUAUGUAUUGGAACCAGGUGCCUGUGAUACUCGCACGUGAGGUGUUCUCGCGCGCAAUGUCUAUCUGGCCGCGCAUUACCCACGGAUCCACGAACUCAGAAUGGAUUGCACUCACCGCUGAGAUCCUCAUCGUCGGGCCGCAAGAGAAAGGCCCAUACGUCGACUCCCUUGCUCGCAUGGGUGUACACAUGUGCAGAAUUUCAUCCCACAUUCAGCGCAUACUCGUUGCUGCUGGAUGCCCGACAACUCCAUUGACUCCAUCUUCCGCUCAUGCCGCUCUCUUGCGUUCCUCCGACGUGUCUUUCGACAUGCUGUCCUCUGAGCCCGAUAAUGCCUCUAUCCGGCGAGGGAUACUCGAUUAUCUGCUGUCAGCAAGAUCGCUCUUGGACAUCGUUGGCCUGCCGCUCAUUGUCGCGGAUGACGGUUAUAUAUCCCUUCGUCAGUCUCAAGAUACCAAGUGCUUGAUCUUCGACGAUAUACAAGGAGAGCUUUUUGCAAGAGUGGCGUCGCCGCAUUCCCGCACUCGUCUUCUUCCGGCCCUGCUUGUCAGUCUCAUCGGUGACUCUCAGUCGUGGAACGUAGCGCGGCCCUCUGCACGCGACAUUGCAGUCUUGGUCGCAAAGAUCAUUGCAUGCGACUCCGGUGACUUGACGUCUUGGAGCAGCACCUUCUGGAACUGGCUUGCAUCACUUCCCAAAGCAAGUCGCAUGGAGCAUUACACGGCUGUCUCGUCUCUCCCGACCCUAGCGACCUCUGCGGGGAAGCUACAAGCGCCCUCUGCGGGAAUAUAUGCCUUGCCACCCGAAGUCGACCGCCUGUCUCUGCGCAGUCUGCUAGAGGCUUGCGGCCUGACGUUCCUUCACGCAAACAUCCCCGUCAGGACCCUCAAGUCUUUCGAUUGUCUGCGCUCUCUUCGUGAGGCGCCAGCUUUGCUAGAUCAGCUGUCCGAUCAGCGUAGCGUCCUGAGCACAGCCUCCGAUUUUGAGAUAGAAAAGUUGCUUGACUUACUCGGGGACAUUCUUGCGACAUCGAAGCUGUCGGGACAGGCUCAUAAAGCUUUGCACGCCCUGCCAAUCUUCCCUGUUCUCACCCAAGGGACCACUCCGGCUCGCCCUUCCAGACAACCCAUCGAGAUUGGAGCCAAGAUCCGCGUGUUCGCAGGGGAUAGUCCAUUGCCGCGUAUUCGCGAUAUCUGUUUCUUACAGGACAGUCUUCCUCGUUCCGUGGCCCACGCUCUCGGCACAGACAUCUUCAAUGUCGACCUUACAGAUGUCUUGCAGAUCGCCCUCGACAGUUUCGCGGAGCAGCCACGUGCCAUGCAGGGAGCCUUCGUGCAGCUGAUUCAUGACAAUGUGGCGUCUUUACCGCGGUCCAUGACGACGGCGCUGAGCUCUAUUCCUUUCGUUCCGGUCGCGGCCGGGAGGUCGUGCGCUCGUCCCAGCGAUAUUGUCGAUCCACGCUCGCCAAUCAACGGCCUUCUCGACGCCAACAGCGAACGUAUCGCGCAGGCCACAAAUGAGGUCGAGAGUGAUAUCAUCAGCGCUCUUUCGGGGAUCGGGCUUUUCGUCAAUUCUCUUACACCUGCCAUCGCCACCGAGAGCAUCACGCACAUAUCGACCACACGCGAUCAAAGCCUCGCGACACAGCUUUUCUCUCUAGUAAACGAGAGCGGUUUUGACGCGGCAUCGCUCAAAUUCGAGCCCUCAGCCCGAUGGAUACCCUGCGAGGACGGUAUACUCUGCACUCCCACGGAAUGUCGGGAUAACAGCAGCAAAAAGCAGCACCAGCGCGCUCUCUUUGAUCGCGUGCUUGCCGUGGCCAUCGCCCCCGUGUCUGCCCCCCUUCGCUUGCGCCUGGGAUGGAACACAGAGAUUCCGCUUUUGCUACUGAAGCAACAGUUGAGCGCAUGCAUCGCGGAAGAACCCGUGCCGACGGGCACGCUACAAGCUCUGACACAGGUUCUUGCAUCUCGACGUAUAGACGAGGCCGAAAUCGCGAACCUGCGUGCGAUAGUGAAGGACCGACAAUGGGUACCGGUGGAGAAUGAGGAGUGCUCUCUGGCUAUACACGCUGUUCUGAAUCUGGACGGAUCCCUUUUCCCCUUUCGCAAGAUACAUUCUCAAACCAAGACCGUGCGCACCUUCCUCAUAAGGAUGGGAUGUUGUGAAAGGCCCUCUCCCGAAGCGAUCAUGCAAGUCUUGCGGGAGAUGUAUGCAUCGCAUGAUCCCGUUGACCCCUCUCAUGCUCGUUCUCUCCUGGAGGCAGUGGACAUCUCAAGCCUCAAUCCUCUGAGUGUAUCUCAACUCCCAGUCCCCACAGACGUUGGCGGUCUUCAUCCUUGCUCGCUGACCUUUUAUAAUGACCUCGGCUUGGGAGCUUCUUUGGUGCAAUUGCCCGAUGAAGCUCGCCGCGCUCAUGAGAGCAUCAGUGUCGGUCUUGCUCGCAAGUUGUCCUUGAAGGACCUUUCUUCAUUAAGAAUCCAAGACGAGGACGAGGGAGAAGAAGAAGACAUGGACGAGGCCCUAUCAACGCGCAUCUCGAACGUUCUUCGUCAAUAUGGUCAAGAUCAGAUGCCGACGGAAUUCUUGGCGAACGCCAUUGACGCAGGAGCGACGUCCGUGUCUUUCUUAGUAGACGAAGCCGACUUCUCCAACGCAUCUCAACGGCUUCUUGUUCCUUCCCUAGCUCAACUCCAGGUUGCGGGUGCUCUGGUGGUACACAAUGACGCCGAGUUCGGCGAGCAGGACUGGAGAGGUAUCCGACGCGUCGGCCGUGGCAGCAAACGCGACCUACCUGGAAACAUUGGCAGAUUUGGCCUUGGCGCACUGGCUGCGUACCAUCUGUCUGAAGUCACCAUGGUCGUCUCCGGAUUGUAUUUUCUGCUACUUGACCCUUCGAGACGGUUCCUCGGCAAACGCGCUUCUCGCCGCCUCAAACUUAGUGACAUGCAUGUCUUCUUUCCCGAUCAGCUGAUACCUUUUGUGGGUCUGCACGGAUUCGAAUCUGAUACCAUUCACUAUCAAGGCACCAUCUUUAGACUUCCUUUACGUUCCUACUCGCAGGGGCAGACGAGCGAACUCUCCAAGAAUGUCAUGAAUGUGCGGGCGGCACAAGACUUCCUCGAGCUGCAGAAGAGCAGCAUGAAACUCUCCGCCCUCUUCAAUCCCCGCUUGGAAUUCUUGUCUGCGGCGGUGCGGUCGUUGAAUCAACUGGGCUCUUCAGAGAUUGCGCCAAUCUGGUCCCUCGAGGUAUCGAGGGUCAUCGUCAACACCAACGAUCGGGUCAUGCCGAAUGCUCAACACAGCGAAGUCGCCAUAACGUCUUUGCUCAAGGGGAACCUGGCAACAGAAACCUGGAGAACUGGCAUGCUUACGCUGUUCAAGUCCAACACCCCAUCUUCUUUCCAUGACCUAUUCGAAAAGUACUUGCUACCAGAAACGCUUUCGGUGGGAGUCGCGUUGCCAAGGCAAUCUCAAGUGCCCUCGUCGGCGUACUCUCUGUUCUCACAUCUCCCUCUUCCCAUCACUACGACCCUACCGUUUCACGUCCACGCAUCCUUCAUCUUGGCCGAGGAUCGCCGUAGCAUCCGCUUUGACGACACGUCUUUCAUCGGCUCUGAGUCGGCAUACAAUCGCCAUCUUCUCACUGCCAUUGUGCCAGAUCUGUACCUCUCAGUCUUGCACCACUGGCCCGUAACUGGCGAUCCCGGGGAUUCGUUAUCAAAUGCACGAUUCUGGCCGUCACAACGCGGAGAUAAGGUCUCACGAGUCGUUGUGCUACCUCUCUAUGAGAUGGUCAGCAAGGACAGCCGCGCUGUAUGUGAGAGCACAACCGGUGCCCGCAUCACGCCGGCGUCGGCCAAGUUGACAGGAAGCCGUAUGUCUGGCAACAUCGUACGCGCAUUGGAACUCAUCGGACCCUCCAACCUCGUCACAAAGCCCCCUGCAAUCGAGCCUGUCACCGCCUUGCAGCGCGUUGACUCCGAUGCCGUCAGGACGUUUAUCGUACAAGCUGAAGAGCGACUCAAUGAGCUCUACAACUCGAGGAAGAUCUCUAUCCCCCAGUUACUUGACCUCGUCCGCUUCAUCCUAGAAGGAGACCCAUCUGGCAGUCGCUUGGAUAGCCUGCGUCUGCUUCCACUAGCCGAUGGAAACCUCUCUUCCUUCCGCCACGACAUGCUCCCAUCUGUCCGCGACGCCAUCUUCAUGCUCCCGAAGCCAUCCACCUUCGCUCGUCAGCAGCUGUUCCCGCCGUCACGAUUCGUGCACCCCGACGCGAGUGGGCCGCUACUCGAAGCGCUUCCCCGAAGCGCCUUACAGGUCAUGCCUUUCAGCGAUGAGGCCCUCGCGUACUUCGCGCGAUCGCGUUUGAGACCCGCGCAUGAGGCCAUCUUGUCUGGUGAUGAUACUGAGUGGGUUCACAAGCUGUGGGCGUCUUUUGCCCUGGUGCACACUCCUAAGGAGCUUCACAAGGACCUCUACGAUCUUCCUCUGGUUCCAGUAUCAGGACAACCCGGCCGUCAUGUAUCGAUCACAAGUUGCGGGAGACCGAACGUGCUGUUGAAGGCGUCGUCUAAUGUGACCUCGGUCGCUCUAUUGGACGCGCUCACAACCAUGGGCGCAUCGUUCAUUGAUACCACGCACCUGCCAUCGGCACUCAGGACCCGUGAUCCGAUCAAGUCCAUGACAUACUCCUUUUCCUCUGUCCUACAGUUCUUGGAUCAUCAUCUCUGGCGCAUCGGCGAGUUGGGUGCGACACAGACGACCGUCCUACGCGACUGGAUUGACGCGCAGAUCAGAGCGGGUAGCAGACUCUCUGCGCAGGACGUGCACACGGCACUCACUCUCCCGCUUUUCCGCGUUCGUGGUGGGCAGGAGUUCGCGGCAGCCAACAGCGUUCAGAUGCUGCCAUCGGGUAUCGGCAUUGACGACGUGCUUCCCCUUUCCUCGAAUACGGAUAGGAUUACGCCGUACGAUCUCAACCUGGCCAUCCCGCUCAAGAUAACGCCCAUGUCCUUCGGCGCUUUAGGUCUAAUUCUUGCACGCGCUCGUCAAAGCGCUCGUCGCCCCGAUCAGGCCAUCAGUAAUGUCCAACUUGCUUCCCUGAAGAAAUUGCUACAGACGAUCCUGGGGAAGCCAGAAGCGAUAACACAAAUGAAAGGAUCCCUGCAAGUGCCGAAUACGCGCGGCAUCUACGUGCGCCCAGAAUCGUUAUUCUCACGCCGAGUCCCUCUCUUCGUCUCCGUGUUUGACACCGAAGGUCGUCGCCCGGACGUAUUUCUUGACGCGUCACUGGCAGGAACUCUUGAUCCUCAACUAGAACCGUUCGGCAUGUGCACCACAGUCACUGCCGAGGCCUUCGAACAGUGCGCGUUACUCGUCCAGGAGGUGACCGAUGAUGCAAAGAUGGAUAGCGCACGAGUGGUGUACGAGUGCUAUUGCGAUCGUGUGCCUCGUAUUGAGGGCGUCCAUUGGAUCAGGCUCGAUACCAUACAGUUCAUACCGCGAGCGGCAGAACGCAGACGGAAUUCUCUUUUGCUCGACGGUUACGCGCGAGAGCUCCCUCGGGUCGUCUCUCCUCGCCAGCUUUUGCGGACCGAGUUUGCCGCUACCGCUUGGACUCAGCGGGCUUUGUUCGACGCAGAGCCUUCGGCGCGAUUGCUCGGCGAGCAUCCAUCCUUGGGAAAGCCUACGAUAGAAGAAGUGGUCGCGCACAUACGCGUUUUGAGUACGAUUCCGGCAGAUCACGAGGAGAAGGGGUUGGUUGCCAAGGACGUGAAGGCGUCUUACAAGUUUCUCCAAGAGAACCUCGCCGACAUGUCCGCCACUGUCAAGCAUGUGCUCAAGCACGGGAUGUUAUUCCUGAAUGUUGACAGCCAGACCGAAUGGAGAUGGUCCUCGGCGACAAAUCUCAUCCUCCACGCCACAGACGACGGAGAGAACUACCAGAUGGUGCGGAGCAGCCUGAAGAACUACUCGAAACUUCUGCGCGCUCUUGGAGUGCAUUCCGUGGAGUCGAUCGAGAAGCCCGAGAUCAAGACUACAGGCGUGGAAGGCAAGCUGAGUAGACUGCAAGACAGCUUCGACAGGAAGCGCCGCGCGGAGAUCGGCAUUGAUGUAGUCUUCAUCGACGCGGACGAAACGCCUAGUCGGCACCCGGCGCACAAGAUCUUCCUCUCUGCGUGCGCAUCGUUCUUCGAGGAUCAGUUCUACUCUGCUGGGAUGCGUGAAUCUGUCGCAUUGGGAGAUGAGCCGCUGGAGGUGAAAAGCCACGCUAGUGGGGAUGCCCUCCGGCGCUGUCUUGACUUCAUGUACACUGGUGCGUUCUCAGAGGUCGUGCACGAGGACUUGCAGAUUCUACUCGAUAUGCUUGACCUUGCGGAAUAUUGGCACUUCGAGGAUUUGAAGUCCACCAUCGAGGGAGAAUUAGUCGAGCAUAUUACACCCAACGUGUAUCGGGAUAUUCGAGAGUACGCUGAACGCUAUAAGGCGUCGAUCUUGCUUCGUAGCUGUGUUGAAUGGGAGGAGAAGAACAGGGACGUUUUGCUCAGAGGCGUGGAUAGGUCGGAGGAUUGA